AUGAAGACUUUGGCUAGGAAAGGAUUUCUGUUACUUGUAUUGCUAGCGGCAAUUACAAAUUCAGUGGAAAUUCCGGAUCUUCUAGAAGAAUUAGAUGGCGUGAGCGAUUCACCUUACAUGAAGUUUAAUACAAAGAAGGCUGAUGGUGUUGAUGGUGAUGACGCAAUGUCAGAUGAUACGUCAUCGAGUUCUGAUGAGGAUAAAGAGAUGAUGGAGACCGCUGACACAUCACAUGUAAGAUUUUAAGCCCCGUACAGACAAGCAAGGCGUCCCUGGCAAUUUUCCUUGACAAGUUUACCUUCUCGUACACGGCUAAAAACGCACAGGUUGUUCCAAGUUGAUAUCGACAAGCGUGAACAAUGUUGUGCGGCCAACUAUGAACAAGUUGUCAACCAUGUUGUUCCAAGUUGUUACAGUUGAACAAUGCUGUAACAAUGUUCAAUGUGGGCCGCACAACCUUGUUCACGCCUGUUGAUAUCAACCUGGAACAAGUUGUUGAUUUUCUCAAUUUUUACGCGUGUAUGAACGGUCAACAAGCUUCCCUUGACAACUUUCCCUUGACAAGUUUACAUUCUCAACAAGUUUCCCUUGACAUGUUUUGUUUUUAGUGUACAGGGAAUGUUGUUAAACAUUUAUCUCACGUCAAGAUUUCCUUUUGUUUACCAAAACCAUAGAAGUAUUCUUGUACUUUUGUUAAGUUUUCCUUGGCGGCCGUACACACGAACAAAUUUUCCUUGUCCAAAAACUGGCAUGACUAUAGCUUUGGAACAAGGCUCCUUGGGAGAAAAAAUUGUCAAUGUUUUGCCCUACACACGAGCAAGGGUAAUUUGCUCUUCUCUACGUGGGCUUUACUCUAAGUUUUACUGCAAGUUCUUACUAGUUUAGCCAGAAGCAUAUAGCAAUAUUUUCCAGUCAAGAAGGACAGUGUAUAGCAUCUCACAUGUGGAAGUCGAAGUCCUCUUUGCAUUUCCUAGUUUUGAGCAUUCUCCAAAAUCAUCAUAAAUCAGUGAGAGGUCCAAUAUAUAUUUCCAACGUUUUGGACAUUUAACGUCAGCAAUACCGGUAUGAGAUAAAAACCUCCAAGGUGUAGGAUAUCUGAUUGUUUUCAGGCAAAAUAUUCAAGAACUAAGCAUGACAUGAAAAAUCGAUCUCAAAUCAUUAAUAAUCCAUGAGUAAAUUAGCCAACCGUAUUGCUUUAUUUUGCUCACAUGAUAAUACUGGAUACCUUGUAAAGUAUAUUGAUCCAGUCUUAGGAUUGGAUCAAAAUGGUGAUUAAGUGGUGAUUUAUUCGUGUGAGAUAUCAAUCCAAAUCCUCCAAUUCGUACUGGACUAGAUUUCAAGUCCUCGCAUUUUAAUUCAGUCAUUUAGAUCAAAUUGAGUGGACUUGAAAUCUAGUCUAGUCCUCAUAGUCGGAAUUGAAAUAUUACGUAAAGGAGUUUUACACAUAAUUUUUAGAGUUCUAUCAAAUGAGACAAACUUAAUUUUUAUUGCCAAUAAAUCAAUAAAUCAAGAAAGCUUAACUCAAUAAUAGGUAUUAUUAUCUAUUUAAAAAAUUCCUGGUUUCUGAUUGGCUAACAGCCAACUGUGAAAUUGUCAUAUCACCUCAAUGGCUAAUCAAAUACAGAUUUUUCACAUUCAUAUUAGCAAAAUGACGUCGAAGAGUCAAUAUGAAAAAAAUUUGGACGCGUUUGCGCCAUAUUACUAUGACGACGAGAAUCAUAUUGACUCGCUGACGCCAUUGACAUGACGCAACGACGGCUGCCGAAGGACUAAGGAAUUGUUUUUUUCUUAAUACAAAUAAAACACAAAUGUUUGUUUUAAAUUUUUUAAAUAAAUAAUAAAACAAUUAUUGAAUUCGGUUUUCGCACAAUAUGAAGAAUUAUCAAGCCCUCAGUUUGCCGUUAUCAACCUCAGCCUUCGGCUUCGGUUGAUAACGGCAAACUUCGGGCUUGAUAAUUCAUCAUGUCGUGCUCAACAUCAUUCAAUAAUUGUUAAUUAUACAUUUUACAGCAUGGUGAAGAAGACGGUAUGGGUGACGAUGUUGUCGGUAAUGAUGACAAGACGGUGGGGAAAUCAAAAAUCCAACACAACUUAAGUCACACCAGCAAAACAGCAAGCGGCAAUGAAGGCGAUGAAAUGGAAGAUAAGGACAGCGAAGAGGAUGACAACGCUGAAAGCAAAAAAACUGAAAAUCGUGCUGGAGAUGGUUUAAAUGAUAAAGAGGAGAGCGACAAGAAGAAAAGUAAGGAAAAUAAGGAUGAAGAAGAAGAUAAAAGCAACAGCGACCAAGUGGAAAAACCGAAUGAAGAUGAAACUACAAGCAACACAAAAGAUUUACCAGAAGUCAAGGUAAAUUUCAUUUCUUGCACUCUCGUUAAAAUAUUAUGAAUGAAGCGUGCAAGCAUAGCUAGCCUGUAAAUAAAUGUCAUUCAAUUCAAUAAGAAUGAGGCCAUUGUAUUGUUGUGACGGAUUUCUUUGGGAGAGUUGAUUGGUUAAACCCAAGUUUGCAUCAAUUGUUCACGUACUGUUGCCAAGAUUCAAUCCCUUUCUGGCAGCAGGAUUAGAAAAGAAUGCCUUGUUUUAUCAGUAUAAAUUUUGAUGCAGUAUAAAUUUUGAUGACAGAUUGGCAUUGCGUUAAGGCAAAUGGAAUUUCUUGGACAUACUACUUCUUGGAUAUAUUAACCGCAAUUUUAUAUUGUGUUGCAUAAAUUGGAUACAUAUUUUAAUUAUUUAAAUGCACUAAUUGUGUUCUUCAUAUUUCAGAAAGUUCCAGUUCCCACUGAUGAGGAUACUAAACAGAAUGAGGUUUCCCCAAGCAAAACAGACGCCGCUAAGGACGUAGAAAGUACCGGUUCAGACGAGAAAACAAAUAUUCAAGACAAAGAUAAGAAGAAUGAUGCUGAAAAUGAUGCCAAAACUGAUAGCAAAGGAUUAAAUGAUGAACCAAAGACAACGAAUGAAAAUACGGCCAGCAAAGACGCUAAAACACUGAAACCGGCAACAACUGAUCAAAACGACGAUAAUGAAAAGUUAAAACCCACAAAAACUGAAGACACAAAGAAUGCGAAACCAGCGACAAACGACAACUCACCUAACGAAUACGCUAAAGCGUUUAAACCAACGACAGAGAUCGAUGACAGCAACAAGAAACAGGUCAACAAUAACAACAAUAACAACAACAACAAUAACGACAACAGCAAUGACAAGAACAACGACAACAACGACGAUGACAAUGACGCUAAUGACAGCAGCAAAAACAAAGACAAUAACAACGUCAACGACAAUGGCAUUAACCAAACAGAACAACGACCGUUAAAGACAUCUGACAACGAUGAAAAUAAAGAAACGGACAAACCAGAACUACCGACUGAUGAUAAAACGAUAAAUGACAAACCUGAAGACACCAAAUCAGCGAAUAACACCGAAAGCGUCAAAAACGAAGACAACGAGAACCAGAAAAUUGAAGACAAAACAAAAAACAAGGAUGAUGACAAACCAGGACUUUCGACAACUGAUCAGCCAGAGAAGAAAGUGAAUGAAGAUUCAAAACUCUCUCCAAUUGACAAUACUGAAGACGAAGACAUUAACAAACCGAAACAAACAACAAAAGAAAACAUGGAUAACAAAAUCAAUGAGAAACCACAACUUACAACAGAUGGCAAUACGGCCAGUGAAAAUACUGAAAAGGUAACUGAAGUACAGGAAAUUGAUAAGAACAACAACAAAGACAGCAAAAACUCAGCACAAACAACAAGCGACAACCUCGCCAACGACAGUACGGACAAAACAAAAUCGGAGACAAACGAAAACAACGACAAAAGUACGAACGCCGAUGAGAAUCCGGACAUUAGCACGUCUACGACAGACAAACCAGAAAAUAUUCCGAACGUAAAUAAAGAUAAUGGCUCUCCUGACAAUGGUAAAGCAAGCGAUAUUGGCUCCGACGUUAAAGAUACAAGCAAAAAUGAACAACAAAAUGAUGGCCAACAAAUGUCUGAAAGCUCAAAAGAUUUGCCAAAAGAUAACGACGAAUCCAGUCCCGUUAAUUUUGGUAAUUCCGACUCGAAAUUGAAAGAAGGAGCAUUGCCAAAAAGCGACGAUGUCGUGAAAGAUACGAAGAAUUCUGAUGAAAUGGGAGGCAUGGAGAAAGAUGACCCGAAUGAGAAAUCGGGUGAAAAGAAUAACGUUGAUGACAAAAGAGACAGCAAUGGCCAUGAUGAUAUUAAAAGCAAAGUAGAACAGCUUAUUAUGAAAACUGGAGAUGAAAAUGAGGAGGAAAAAGGAACACUUGGGAUAGCGGAAGGAAAUAAUGAUGGACUUCAUGGGAUAACAACUGAAGAGAAGCAAGGAACUAGUGGGGAUAAGACAAAAGUUAGCUCAAGCGGUACCAUUGAUGACAAAGGUAAAGAAUCGAUUGAGAGUUCAGAAAAAUCUGUGAACGAAAAUGACAAUGGCAGUCCUUCUGAAGAAAUUAAAAGUGAUUCACAACAAGUCCGAGGUGACACUUCCAGUAGCCAAACCGGAACACAGAAUAUGAAUAAGGUUGAUGUUGUAAACACUUUGGUAGCAGGUUCUUCUGGUAGCGAGAAGGCUGGAGGUACAAGUGUUAGCGAACUCAACAGUCAAACUAGUGGAGGUAACAUAAACCAGGAAAAUUUAGCAGAUCAAAAUGUGGAUAAAACUACACAAGGUAACAUCAUGGAUAAUAAAAUAAAUGGAUAGGAAACUAGCUUACGUGACCUAAUGUUUUCAAUGGGCUGAUGGCGUGAUUGGAUGUUGAAACCUAGUUGCAAACCAAAUUCUCAAAAACGGCAUGUUUAGCAAUAAAUCCAAUGAUACAGCUAAACAUUUUAAUCAAAGAGCAAAUAAAUAUAACCACGCCAUUCUACGAUGAAAGUAUUCCCAGUCAAUUUUAGCAAAUAUAUUUCAAGCACUAAACAGUGAAAAAUGCAUCGCAAAUUUCGUUAAAAUUGGCGACGCGAAUUUCGUAGCUACAAAUGUAAAAAAAUACAAAAACAAAGACGAAAAACAUUUACCUUGAAUACCUUGUCGUGGCUUAGGCAUGUCUUCAACACAAUUAGACCAGUUAAUGCUUCAAUAUCACCCUUUUAAAGUGGAAAAUAUAGCAAAACAACAAAAAUGCCGAGAACUUUGGUAAUAUUCGCAAUACGCGUGACUAGGUUUAGACUGUGACGUCAGGAAGUUUCCUAUCCAGUUAUUUUACAAUCCAUGGUAAAAUUAAGGCAACAAGCUAUAGCCAACUGGUCGUUGUGAUUGCGCAUUCAACAGCGUCGGGAAAUAUGUUGGAAAUAUUUAAAAUGUUCACUGUCUUUGUUAACAACAUUAAAGAGUUUGAGGUCGACGGUAGGUGUUCAACAAAGACAGAAAACAAUAAGUGAAAACCGACAUAACUUAUUGUCUUCCUUGUGCGUAUCGUGCUUUUGAACGUAAUUUGGGAUAAAUUAUGCACUUCUUUCACGAAUUAAUAUCACCUAUUGUUAAAUAUUAAAGAAAAUAGUAGUACUGCACAAAAUCUAGAGAGCUCAAGCUGUACUCUGACAUGCUGCUAUUUUAUGUUUUUUUGUGCAGUAAUAAAAUUUCUUUAAAAGAAGUCCUGGUGAUGUAUCUGAUAUCUAAUUGAUGUAUCUUAUAUCUUCCAGACAAAAAAGGCAACGUUGAAGGCUUGCUGCGCGAUCUCGUGCCGUCAGGAAUUCUACCAAAUCUCCCAGAAGGCUUUGCGAAACUGUCAGAGAUGAGCACGGUCAGCUUUACAUAUAACGUUCAUGAGAACAACGACGUCACCGUGACGUCAGAUAUGAAGGAACCAAUGAAAUUGUUUCAUGAUAAAUUAGACAUUAGCAACGCAAAUUUGGAGUUCAGUUAUAACGACAAGGAAAAGAAAGGACAGAAAUGGCAAUUCAAAGCUCAAGGUAAAAAGAUAAGAUAAAGGUUUUCAACCGACGCUGUUAAUAGUUUUCCAUAUAUUGCUGGCCAACCAAUAAGAAUAACAAACACCUCUAUAAGUUAAAACAUGUUGUUUUAUACACAGCCUUUUUUAAAUGGCAACAAAAUUUUUAUUGUCUUAUUUGAAAAAAUGUGAAAGAAUUUGAAAGAAAUAUUUUCACUGAAAGCAAUGAGCUUCCGCCAUCUUGGAUUAGUGAGGAUAUGCAUCAGCCAGUGAUCAAUAUGAACCUAAAACUCGUUUUUUGUUGCUAUUUCAAAUUUCGAAUUGAAUAAAAAAUUUUAAAGAAUUUUUUAUUUGGUUACCCAGUAACUUAGAAGUAAUUUUAUAAGGCUAACCUAAGCUAUGUACUUUAUCGUUUCUUUAAUGUAAAAUCUCAUCAAAAUCUUUUAUUUCAAUUCAAUGCAAAUGUUCCAUCUAUCGCUGAAAUCAUUGGAAUCUUUUAGAAUUUAUUCGCGCGAUAACAUCUUUUCAGCGCUCGCACAGUAGAAUCAGAUUCUAUUCUUAUAUCAUCUUAUCAUUUCCUAGGAACUUGGGUGAAUGGCGAACAAGAGAUCAAUGUUAUUUUAGAAAGUUCAAAACACGACGACCAUUUCACGUUAACGGGCAAAGGAAGUUCGUUGGCAUUACACGACUAUUCUUCAAUGUUCGCCAAACAAGAGACCUUCGUUAAAUCUGGAAUAAAUAUGCAUAUAUUUGAAGAAAUUAUGCUUUCCGACAUUGAAUUGUAUGUCGUGUUUCAAGACUUCGACAAUAUUGUGUCUUUAGUGUCGGGAGAUGUUAGAGUCGGUCAUGGAAACCAUCCGUCCCGAUGCCAGACUUUUAUCGAGAAGUUUCCAAAGAAAGAUCCGGUAUUUUCAAUACUGUUGGAUUUCGUGGAUGGCUCGCCACACUCCGUACUGACUUCGGUAAUGGACGACAAGAUCUCAGAUAUCCCAUAUGUGAAGGAAUUGUUGGAUGACAAGGGUUUACUGAAGGUACUUUUUAUUAGUACGAUUGAAUUUUUUGCCUCCCCAAAGGGCGUUAUGUCUUCGCUUCGACUUUGUUUAUUUGUUUGUUAGUUUGUUUGUGUGUUUGCUUGCUUGUUUGUCUGCUAGAACUAAAGCAGAGGACUUUCACAAUUAAUGACAAAGUAAAACUGCCUGGCAUUAUAGACAAUUAGACAUAGUAGAAUACUAUAGGUGUUCGCACUGUUUGUUCCCAGUUGUUGACAAGUCUGGAACAAGUUGUUAUCAUCUUGUAACAAAGUUGACGAGGCCAACAGACUCGCAACAAGUUGUUCCAACAAGUCUGAUAACGUCUGCACGUAACAAGUUGUUCACAAGUCGAUGACAACAAGCUCGUGGCAACUUGUUACGAACAGUCUGUGCUUGUCUUGUUGGAACAACUUGUAGCAAGUCCGUUACCGUCAUCAACCUUGUAACAAGGUGAUAACAACUUGUUCCAGACUUGUCGCAACAACUGGGAACAAGCAGUGCGAACACAUCCUGAUAUCGGCUUGACAACAACCUUGUUACAACUUGUUUUCAGAUCUGCAAGAACUUGCGCGUUUUAAAUCAUAAUUCUGAUUGCACUGAAGUUUAACCAGUUUAUUUAUUCUAUUUAAGGUGGCUAACGGUGGCUUUGGUUUCGCAGCUUCAUCAGCCGAUGUGAAGAAACUGAGGUUGAAUGUUUUUGGUGAGGGAAUGCUGGAACGAGAUCUCGGCUCUCAUAUCUCAUCAGGAGUAACCCUUACGCUCCCUAUCUCGUUUCACUCACAAAACGACAUCGAAACACACGAUAUUAUAAUGAAAAUAUCGAAUGAUGACAUCAGCUUUUUCCCGACGAAAGGCGCAACCGUUGAUUUAACAAAAAUAUUUAAAACCCUGUCCGAGUUCACAAGACCGAAAAUAUCCUCUCUCGGUUACCCGGAUGUUGGAAAUGUGUUGUUAAGGGAGCUCCGAUACGAUCUGAGCAAAUCGGUGUACACGGUUUUGGGAUAUUCUACUGGUCAAUUCAAUAUAGCACCUGGGAUGUUAUAUUUAGAUGACGCGAACUUAGAAUUUCGACAACAGGUCCCGGAUGAAUUUGCCACUUUAGCUUUGUAUGGAUCCGGUAAUACAAAAAUAGGACAAGCGAAAGUGAAUAUCACGCUGUAUACGGACUCGAAUGCCAACGAAUUGCUGGUCAGCGGACAGGCCCAUACACUUUGGUCACCGGAUAUUGCGUCAUCAUUUGGCGUCGACGUGGAAAUAGAUGAUGACGUCAGACGGAUUCUGGAUGACAAUCGAAUGCUGAACAUGAAUAUUGAAAAUACCCGUAUGUUUGCGACCGUAAAAGAAGGGCGAAGCGGAUUGGUCCAUUUUUCCGGCCAUUCCAGACCUAUAUCUUGGAACGAUGCCAUUCAGGUCGAAGCAGUUGUAUUUCACGAUAAUUUAACAAACAAAAGACGAAUGACUGUUGGAUAUUUAUUUGAUAAACUCCCGCUAACUUACGCAAUAGAUGCAUUCAGUUUCAACCAAUUCCCGACCCCAAGGCUACUCGAUAACAGUCGAAACACGACAUUAGUGUUGUCCCCUGUCAACACCGAGUCCCUCUUCCUAAAUCCAGCUUUUAACGAUCUAUCCUUCAUGCGAGGGCUCUCAUUGGUCGGUCAGUUUAGACUCCCGGAUGUCUGUAGUCUGAACACGCUUUGCGAAUCGGCCGCGCAGUUGUUGGGCACGGAGAAAUGGUACCGAAUCCAAGGUUUGGUUUCGUCACGUGGUUACACGCUGGCCGGAUACGUCGACAAGGAUUUCAACUUGGCGAAAGAUUUAAAACUUACCGAUAAUAUCUUAAAGUUCAAACUUGGGAAUUACAGCUACAUGGGUAUAUCGACAGCAAUGCAUUUGGAUAAGAACAACUUGACCUUCAGUGGUUAUGUUAAUUUUGACACGAACGGCGUCCGACUGCGCAUGAGCAGCAAUGACGUAUGGAAACAUCCAUUCCCGGGAGAAUUCCUCACGUUUGAUCGCCUGCAGAUCGAUGUACCGUUGAUCAGCGGUAUGGCAAUGGACGAGCUUCUAGUCACAGGGGAAUUAAAUUUUGGUCUCCAUGGUAGCUUGUACCGAAUAUUUGCUCCGUCUUAUUUGACAUUCAGUCCGUCGAAACCGAAGGAAGUUGGUUUCCAAGCGACGAUGGCGAAUAUCACGUUGGAGACAAUUACGAGCGCAUUGAAUUUCAAGUCGAGUUUGCCAGAAGUGUUAAUUAAUUCACGUUUUCCAGAUACCCUCGUUGCAAGGUACGUUAAAAUCUCACAUCUUGUAGCAAGUCUGCCGACAAGCCGUCAACCAAGUUGUGUUCGCACUGCUUGUUAAGUUUGUGCUGUUUACAACUUGUAACAACGUUGUUGAUAUUAUCAGACUUGUUGCAAGGUUGUUACAACAAGUCCGAUCGACACAGUCGUGAUAUAACAAUGUUGUUACAACUUUGUAUCGUCAAACUUGUAACUUUCUUGUUAUCAAUGGCUGUAUCAGACUUGUUAGAACAAUCUUGUAACAAGUUACACAUUGUAUUUUAAUUAAUAAUUCUUUCGACAAACAAUGCUUUGUCGCGCAAAACAACUUCAAAAAAGCAGUUAAAACGAUUUAGGUAUCACAAUAACAGCUUAAAAAUAAUAGAAAACUCAUUUGCCCACAGGAAUUCCGAUUAAAAUUUCAAAAAUUCUGCUUUUCGCACAACUGAAAUUUCACCUAAACGCCAUUCGUACAGAUGUUGUUUUUUCUUGUUUUAUUCGCGUUUUUAAAAAUGCCAUUUACUACCCUGAAAAAUAUAAUUCGGGCCACUUUUUAAGAAACGAAAACAAUUUUAAUAUUCCUCUUAUUAAAACUAAUAGGACUAAAAACUCGUUUAUAUAUCUUUGCCAUGUGCAAAAAGUUCAAUAAGUUAUGUUCAAUAUGCCAGCUGUAAUUUUUAGUAUUUUUAAUGUAAAUAGAUACACAACACUUUAACACAUAAUAUUUUGUAACUAUUACGCAAUUCAGCCUUUGCUGCGAUGUAAUUUGAAUAAAUCCUAAUUCCAAAUUACAUACCGAGGGCUCAACCAACACAUAACUCAGUUAGGAGGCAAUAUAUAUAUUUUUUGUACACCUAUAGAAGAAAUUUUUUUCUCACUUGAUGGCUGGAAAUAUUUUUUUAAGUGAAAUUUAUAAUUAUAGGCUUAUUUUCCAAGCUAGGAAUUAUUUUUUUUUGCACUAGGCCUGGGAAGUUUUUUUUUCCUAAUUUUUUUCUGGGAAUAUUUUUUUUUGGUUUUGCCCUACCCACCCAUCACUUUUCUAAUGGUCCGUCUCUUACAUGCUAGCAGAUAACUGUGUUGUAGUGAUUUCUAUAUUUAGUUGUGAGCUACUGGCCAACCAAAAGACACAAAGUGAAUACAAUGCUUAAUAAUGUUAAUAAUGCAACAGGUUUGUUUAUUUUAUUCUACGAAUUUCUGACAGGUACACGCCCAAGAAUAAAAAGGACGAAAAUUUAGAGCUCUAUGGAAAACUGGAUAUAUUAUCCCGAACCCUGAUCUGCAAAAUACGUAUCGACAACAAGAAGCACAUCACAGCGACUACGUCACACUCAAAAUUUCCGCUGAUCUUAGACGACGGGCUCAUCACGGUGUACGCUGACAAGCACCGGCCGCGGCUCGGCCCACGCGCGUGGUUCACGGUCACGCCAGAAUCCACGAAAUUCAAGUUGGAAGGUUUCGCGAAUUUUAUGGGGCUUGGGACCAAGACCGAGAUCGACGUGUCGGAGUCUGGGACCGAGUUCUCCCUGAGUGGAAAUCUAUUUGGUAUCAGCAAAACAGUGGUUUCGUUCAUGUCACCUGACAGCUUGCCGGAAAAUGGACCUUAUUUUGUAAGUCCCCACAAUAUACUGUUUGGAUAUUACUAGAAAAUAUAUGGGGUCGGUACCAUAGAUAUCUUAUAUACACUAGAUAGCGCAUCUCUUUUAGUAAAAUCGAAGCCAAGAAUAUUCCAGCGGUUACCCCCAUUUGAAUAGAUGGCGGCCAUGUUGCUCGUUCCCACUUGCAAAUAAACGCUUAAAAACAACAAUAACUUUCAUAACAAUAGUUUAAAAACGUAUUUGGAAUACGGUUAACUUAAUGUUUAAGUUCCCUGUUUAAGAUAUGGAAAACAUACGAAUCUUCUCAUUUUAUGGGAACGACCUGAGACUGCAAUCACGGCUUCAAUUUUUGAAUUUCAGAAAAUUAGAUGCACUAUCUAGUGUAUAUAAGAUAUCUAUGGUCGGUACCCCUCAUUAAUGGCCAUGUUUAGGAGUCGAAAAAGUAUCGGACCGCGAGUCCAUUAGCCCCAGAAAAUGUUUUGAGCUCCCUGAAAAAAGAUCAUUGUAAAAAUUUAGAUAAAAGGACUAUGCAUUAGCCCACAAGCCGUCAACAAGUUGUGUUUGAACUGCUUGUCCCAAGUUGUCAACAAGUUUGGAACAAGCUGUUAGCAACUUGUAUCAACCUUGUUGAUAUUAUCAGACUUGUUGCAAGGUUGUUCAAACAAGUCCGAUACAGUCAUGAUAUUACAGUAUUGUUACAACCUUGUGUCACCAACCUUGUAACAUUCUUGUUAUAUCAUGACUGUAUCAGACUUGUUAGAACAACCUUGUAACAAGUCUGAUAAUGCCAUCAAGCUUGUUACAAGUUUUUAACAGCUUGUUCCAAACUUGUUACAACAACUGGGAACAAGCAGUGCGAACACAACUUGUCGACAACUUGUGGACAGAAUUGUAAAAACUUGUUUGCAGACCUGUAACAACUUGUGCGUUUUUACGUGUGUGUAUCCGAGCUAGUUUUUAUCUCAUCAAAUGCAGGCUUCCGCGUGUCUACCCGAUAUCAUCCCUCACGUGACGUCACACGUGAAUCUCCUCCUGGCAGCAGCCGCUGACCAAGCAGAACGCUACGUGAAGCAGGCCUCCGCGAACUACAAUCAAGCGACGACGUUCCACAAAGAAGCGUUGGCAGACGAGCACAAGCGUAUCCUGAUGCUGGACGAGGGAGAGAAUGAUAUUGAAAACGAUGAUCGCGAAAUGUUCCUCGCUGAAGAAAGAUACAACAAGACGUGCAGGGAACAGGAAUGUGGAAAAAGUAAGUUGAAAUGAAAUUUUCGUCCGAUGACUUUUCCACCGACUAGUGGAAAGAGCCUGGGUACGAGGUUGCUAAAUAAGUCCCAAUCUCGUUCCCCGAGCCUGCGAUCCUCGGGAAGGAACACGAGGCUCUGGGAUAAUCCGCUAUCGGAAGCCAGGAAUUCUGGCUAAGAUUGAACUACGCUGUCUACGCAUUCCAUUUCAACGGCCAAUCAGAUUCCUCCCUGAAACGGAUUAUCCCAGAGCUUCGCGUUCCUUCCCGAGGAUCGCAGGCUCGGGGAACGAGAUUGGUUAAGUCCCAUCAAGUUGCAUUUGCGCCUUAAUUAACAAUUAUUCCCCGAAUGCGAGGUGAUUAUCGGUGAAUAACAAUAAUCACCGAGCCUGAAGUGAGUAAUUGUUUUAGUAUAAUUUCAUAGGUGAUUAUUUGGAAAAAUAAAAAAUACACAUUUCUUUGUCAUUUAAUUGACAAAACGGCUUCGGUCGACGGCCGCCAUUUUGAAACUCGUUUAAGUGAUUAUUGCGUUAUAAUCACCUAGUCAACAGCAACCAAUCAGCGUGGAGAAUUUUCAAUAAUCACCUUUGUAAUUAUACUAAUGCGGCUUUAAUCUAUAAUUCUACUCUGCCUGACGACAGACGAUUUUACUCAUCAACGCUGGCGCUCAAUGUUUCAAACAAGGUUAGGCUACCAGGCUAUCAGUUUGUUGUUCAUUUUGAACAAUUUGUUUCUGCUAGAUUUCAUUGUUCCAAUAUAUUUUUAAGCAGUUGAGAGAGGAGGUUUUGUAUGUUACGUAACACGCGCUUAAAACUAACGAGCAUAAUAUACCACUUGAGAUUAAGACUACCCAUUGUAAAAUAAUGCUAAAAUGAAAAGAUUUUAGAUGGUACGCCAGAGAGAAAAUGAUGUCUGAAGUUGAGUAAGUUUUGCUUAUACUGCUGUAAAUAGCGUCACUCCUAAAGAAUCAUUGACAUGGACGAUUCCCCUUAUUACGUUUUCGUAGCGCUUUGCAUUGUGGUUGUAGUGGUAUCACUGAUAAAGAUAGCGGCCUCGAAUGAAAAUAUUGAAUGUUUUCGCAAAUAUUUUGCUGUUGGCUAUCGCGCACCUGACCCUAGCUUUUUUCAAAAGUUCUUGCACGGGUCAGGACAAAAAAUAAGCCAUCUUGAAUGUCAGUGAUACCACUAUAACCACAAUGCAAAGCGCUACGAGAACGUAAUAAGGGGAAUCGUCUAUUGUAUUUUAAUCGACAAUUUUGUGCCAUUAUUUUAUGUUUCUCAACCAGCAAAUGCAUUUGAAAAGGUAUCCGUAUGCUUGAAAGACAAGGAAUCUGGAGACUUUUACAAAUCUGGAAACAUUUGCCCUAGUGUAAACGUAAUCUAAAAAACGUCUUUAAAUUUUUCCUAUUACUUUUUAGCUUGCAUCGGUUGUACAUCAUGGCGGAAGUGUUGUGACCAUGAUGUGUUUGGAAACUGUGUGAAAUGUCCCGGAUGGAAACCAUGUUGUUGGCACGGGAAGAGUCCGAUAUGUAAAGCGAAGAAUCACGCUUGUCGUAUCAUGAAACAAGUGGCGGCCGAAACUCUUCAAAAGAUCGCCGUAAGUAUAUGGUUCAAUUUUUUCACUUUGAAUUUCUAACGACUCUCAUGAGAAGAGUCAGUCAACGCUCUGCCGAAAGUCGCGAGUUUCCUUCGGGUGCUCCGGCUUCCUCCCACAGGGAAAGUUGAAACGGUGGGUUAGGAUAGACACAGUUAAGAACGUAAUAUCUCAAUUGUUGUAAAGAUAAAUAGUCUAGGCUAAGUAACAUAAGCGUAAUACUAGACUUGCUCCAAGUCCCUCUUUCAUUGACAUAUAGUAUCGAUCCACUAUAGUGUACAUUACAUGACGUAGUACGGAGGGGCGGAGCGAGAAAGAGAGACUUGUCAACUUCUGUCAAUCUCGGUUCAAAACUGAACCGAAAAUGCAAGACUUGCUUUAAUUGUUUUCUGUCAGUGUUUAUAUGUAUUGAUCUAGCACAGUGUAAAUAACAUGAGUUCCAUUAUAGUAAAUAAUACAGAAAGAAAUUGAAGGAAAACAAUUAAAGCAAGUCUUGCAUUUUCGGUUCAGUUUUGAACCGAGAUUUUCCGAAGUUGUCUCGCUCCGCCUCUCCGUGCUACGUCAUGUAAUGUACACUAUAGUGGAUCGAUAUGACAAUGAAAGAGAGACUUGGAGCAAGUCUAGCGCAAUACUUGAUGUAAUCGGUCACUGAAAAGCCCCAAUGGGGAGUAAGUUGAAUGAUAAUGUAAUGUGAUGUAGUCUAAAAAUAGUAACGGUUCCUAAAUCAUGACUCACAUGUAUGAACGAGCGCGUCUAUUAAGCAGACACUACUGAUUGAAAAAAAUAUAUUUUUCAAUGAAGACAUGCUACAGAGGUUGGUCUCUGUAAUAAUUAGCAAAGCAGUGUGCAGGAGAGCAGAGUUAAUUUUAGCUAUUUAAUUCAUCUAGUGGGGUUAUUUUGAAUCAAAUUUUACUGAAGGAUUUUCUUGAAGUUUUUGGGUCUUAAAGUGCAUAUGACAUGAAUUUUUUUAUUUUCUUAAAUGAAAGAACUCUUUAAGCUGUUGUGUAACUAAUUUUUCAGUUUCUUGUUUCUAUGGUUUGUUCCCGAGAUAUUUCAAUUUGUUUGGUAUGUAAAUGAGUGUGAAUAUGUCCGCUAAUUUAUGACAUCACGUUGCUUGCAAGCUGUUCAAAAUGGUUGAAUAUCACGGCUAUCAUCCAAGAUGAUAAUUUCAAACUUUUAGAGUUAAUACAUUUAUAACCAGUGUAAGUUGAGCUUGCAACCAACAUGACGUCAUAAAUUAGCGGACAUAUUCACACUCAUUUACAUACCAAACAAAUUGAAAAAUCUCCGGAACAAACCAUGAAAACAAGAAACUGAAAAAUAAGUUACACUACAGCUUAAAGAGUUCUUUCAUUUAAGAAAAUAAAAAAUUUCAUGUCAUAUGCACUUUAAGUCAUAAUAAACAGGUUCAUGAUCAGAUUUGACUUCCACUUCCGCUACCAUUAAGGGACCAUUAACAAAUCGGAUGUAUAUGCGUUUAAAUUGAUAGCCUACAUCCGAUUGUAGAUGCAUAUUAAUAGAUGAUUUGACGAAAUUUUGAUCUAGAUAAGAAGAACGAACUUCAUUACCAUAGCUGGAAAGAGCAUCUUUAAAUGAGUAAAAUUGCAAAGUUUGGUUGCGGAUUGUUGUAAAAUGAGGAAAAUAUAGUCCUGGGAAGUUCGCAAAUUUUAUAUAUAUUUGCAUUACGCGCGGAAAAGAUAACCAUUUUUGAGCCGAAAGUGGUUUAUUUUUACCGCGUGUAAUACAAAUAUAUACAAAAUUUGCGAACUUCACAGGGCUAUAUUUCCUCAUUUUACAACAUUUAGCAACCAAUCUUUGCAGUUUUACUCAUUCUAAGGGCGCUUUCCAUUAACGUACACGGCCAGACUGGUCAGAACCGUCAAAUUGUUGAAUUGAACACAAGACAUUUGGGCUUCGAACCUAUGGAAAAUUUAGAUAACAUUAGAAUGAGGUCCAUUUUCGCUAGAUAUUUGAGAAACGUAGACCAGAUCUUUCCACUGAUGCAGAGACAAAAAUUCGGGUCUGACCAGUCAGGCCAUUAAAUGGAAAGCGCCCCAAGAUGCUCUUUCUAGCUGUGGUGUUGGAUUUCGUUCUUCUUACCUGGAUCAAAAUUUUGUCUGUAGAUGAAAUCCGGCCCAUCAUUAAACCAGUGAUUGGUAGCGGUAGCAGAUCCGAACCUUUCUAGUAUCCAGGAUAGCUGCGUUUAAUUUAGCUUAAUUUAGCAUAUUUUCUCUUAUCCUCAUCACAGAGGCGUGUAUAUGCAGACAAAGAAAAAAAGCGAGCGAAAGAAAAAAUACUUUGGAAAUCGGAAUUCAUGAAAGGCAAGACGCAGGCUGUCUUAGACGCAGCUCGACGGGCCGUUCACCUUGUCAAUCACGACUCCAGAAUCGGCCUUGGGGCGGCUGAAUCUAUAAAAAGAUUUGGUCUUGAACGCUUGGUGAAUAUUAAGAGCGUGUGUUUUCACACUACGCUAAAGACUCUCGCUACGAGCUGUGUCACUCUCAGAAUCAAUUCUACAUUUGCGAACGAAGCGGAGACGCAAACUCUUCCCUAUUAUACGUGUUUGAACAGGGAGCUCGUGCCGAAGAUGGCCAAUAAUAUCGCGCACUUCAUGUUCCGUGAUAAACAGAAAGAUAAAGGUAAAAAUAGAGUUAUAUUAAAAUAGAAAUUUAAAAGAGAAACUCAACGUUAAGUUAACUAAAGAUUACGAGUUUUUAGUUUUGUGGCUUUACAGCCGUGGUUUCUGGCGGUGAAUGUAGAGAAACUCUUUGAAAAGUAAUAAGGACCAAUGUCUAGAUUUAUCUAAUAUUCUACAGUUGAUAAUAAGGAAUUGAAUUUAUUCAAAAAGUGGACGCCAUUGUGUCCGAAAUUUCUGGUAACGAAAAACUAAAUCUAGAAGUAUUUUUACCAGCUCCAAAGCAAGCCAAAGCAACGCAACCCAAACCAGCUCAUCGAAGACGCAGUCAUCUCUUCGGCAAACCUUUGGAAGAAGAACAAGUGGAUUUGACGACAAUUUCCCCAGGAAGCACAUAUAUCAUGAGAAAGCGACGAGAAUAUGAUUCGAUAGAUGAUGACAUGGAAAGCACACCUUUCUGGUUGAUCCGAAAUAAUUAUCAGCCUCACGUGCCAUCGUUACUACAGCAACGUACGACCGUACCACGGUCUCCUCUCAAGAAGAAAUGGCAAAUACCAG